AAGCUGGCCAUGACUCUUGGUGCUUUUGGCUCAACAUCUGGGAUAAAACAACCACAACAAAACAACACCUAUUUAAGAGCAGGUCAGUUAAACUGAGUCAGAUUAUUCUCUAGAUUACACGUUGUUUCUGCCAGGUGCUAAUCCCUAAAGUCAAAGUGGUGUGCUCUGUUACAAAACAACAAAAACUAACUCCUGAUCAUUUAGAUUUUAAAGCUUUGUCCCGUGGUUUGACAAAAUUGUGAUCCCUUCAGCCGGGUGCAAAAUGAAAACAACACCAAGUGCAUCAGUUAAUCCAGAUUAGAUCAUUAUCUCCAGGCCGGCAGCUACUCUGGUCUGAACCUGUUUUUGUUAUCAGAUGUCAGUAAAGAUGCCCUGUGAUACCACCUCUGUCACAGACCAUUGGCAUCAUUAAUAGUCUUUUAGUGAAGCUGCCUUUGUCAGCAUUACCUGAUACGUGAUAUUAAAGCCUAAUGACUGCCAUUGUGUAGGUCAGCGGUGAGCUGUUGGAGCUUCACACGACUAAUAUUGGUGCUGAAAUAUUGAUGGGUCUUCUUGGCAUGAGACUUGGCUGAUUGAUAAUUAAUAUUUAACGUGUCCAUUUAUUUCAGAGAUUGACAGCCUUGGGUUGUUUAUCAGCACUGAAUCUAAUCAUGUCUCUUACUCCAUGGUCGUUUAAGGAAGUUUUAGGCUGUAUAAGAAGUGUCAGUUUCCUGUGUGACUUACUGAGUAAAGGAGGAAGCUGUUUGACGGAAGGGGAGCACUUCCUUUUACACACUCUCCUCCCCGUUAGUGCCACGCUCGGAAGAAAAGACCCUCGUGGGCCAUUUUAUACCAAUUCCCACUACCUGAGGAUACGAACCGUCAACCUGUUUAACCCUUCACUCUCUCUCCACACAGGAAACUCCGCCUCUCUGGUGAUUCAGCAGAAAUCUACGAGCUUCACUACGCUCCUCUCAUGCUGGCUGAGAAUGGAUGAAAUACGGGACGGGGUGCAGAUCGGAGAGAACAAGUUUAUCAGCAAGGCAACGGUUCUCUCACAUCUUAAAACCUACAACCUUUAUUAUGAGGGACAGAAUCUGCAGCUGCGGCACAGAGAAGAAGAAGGAGAGCUGAUCGUCGAGGGAUUGCUAAAUAUCUUUUGGGGCCUGAGGCGACCAAUCAGGCUUCAGAUGCAGGAUGACCACGAGCGAAUUCGACCGCCGCCCUCUUCCACAUCCUGGCACUCUGGCUGCAAUCUGGACAGUCAAGAUUCCCCCAACAACACAGACGGCCAGCAGGCCUCCACACAGACUCCGCCCACCGUGGAGGUGACGGCACCUGAUGAUCAGCUUGAGGACAACGGCGUCAUGGAAGAGCAUGCAGACGACAGCAGUGUUUACACCUGCUUUUGGUUCGGUCACGAAUGUUCGGAUCAACAGCUGCAUGACCACACCUCAAGUGCUUCGAGUCCUCCUCAACAAGUUCAAAAUAGAAAACAGCCCAGACGAUUUUGCGAUCUACCUUGUCCACGCCAGCGGAGAGCGUGUGAAGCUCAAACGGACCGACUUCCCUCUGGUGCUCAGAGUCAUGCAGGGUCCAUGUGAGCAGGUCUGCAAAGUUUUCCUCAUGGAAGAAGACUUGGGUGAAGAAGUCACAUAUGAUGUGGCGCAGUAUAUCAAGUUUGAGAUGCCUGUCCUUCAAAGUUUUAUCACCAAGCUGAAGGAGGAGGAGGACAGAGAGGUCCACAAACUCAGACGAAGGUAUAAUUACCUGCGGUGCAUCAUUGAAAAGCAGCUCCGAUGUCUUCCUGAAGGAGCAAAGUGUAUCUGAUCUGAUCACGAUUUUUCCUACUCUGACGGAUUAGCACAUAAAGCAUCAAAGCACGAAGACGUAACCGGAUUAAAGCCCAGCGAGGAUCAAACACCAGCUUGGUUUCUGUGCGUGUUCUCACCUGAAGAACCUCAGCAGGAGUCAGAGGUUUGUCCGCCACUACAGGAGCUUCAUCCCUCAUCUCCUCCACCUAGCAGGAACAGAGGCAAAGAUCAGAUCAUGACAAGCCCACCUGGACCUGGUUCUGCCACCAUUCAAACGUUCAUAAACAUUUUUAUUGUUUUGUUUUGGACACACACUGACAGGCCUGUCUUUGACGAUGACAGCAGGGUCCGACAACCUCUCGGAGCUGACAGAGGCAGUGGUCGCUCCUGAGCUCUCCACUGGAGGAGGAGCAGUCUUCUGCAAGCACAACAGUAAAAGGUGACAUCAUUUACGAUACUAAAACUUUACUGUGGUUGUCAACUUUAGAAUAAAAACAUGAAACAGCAAUGGAAAGGCUCAGAAACUAGGUGGACAAACCUCUAGUUUAGGAACAGGAGGGAUGACGGGAGUUUUGGGUUUGAGGUCCGUCAGGUACAUGGCUCUGGAGAGCAGCAGCAGAGAUGGAGGAACGUUCUCUUUCAGGUGCAGAUCCAGCCACUGAAUGGACCAAAGCGUUGGUUUUUUAUCUUAACUGAUGUUUAAUCUGCACAGUAACAAGAAGCAACAGUCUAACCUGCUGCAGCUGCUGACGUAGCUGCUCUGUGGUGAGACCCAGAGACCUCAUCCCACGACUGCGAGACGCUGCCUGUAACUCAGACACACUCAUGGCUGCCACGCCUUCUGCUGCAAUCAUCUGUGAGAAAACGAAGAGGAAGUGAAACGCUGAUGCUCUGGGCGUGAGAGGACUGCUUCACACACAGAGGAAGUAGAAUCACAGAAACAUGAAAAUAUUAGGGCCGGGACUUGAACGCGUUAAUUACGAUUAAUUAAUUAGAAAAAAAUGACUCAUUACAAAAAUUAACGCAUUUACUCGCAGCUUGCAUUUCAAGCAAGGCGGAACCUUUCUUAUUGCACGAUUUCCUUGUAGACCGAAUAUCACAGACGCACACAACAAUGCACAGUGCUAAUGGCUACUAAAAGGAAUAAAAACAGAAGGAAGUUGCCUUGCUUGGACUGAUGCAGGAUUUAGGAAACACGUCCGCCUCUUUUCUUAACUUGGAAAAAAAACUUCCAGACAACAACAGAGUUCGUGUCGCGGACAUUUUUCCGUGAUCGUCUCUGCUGCGGCUGCCCGGUGGCACCGGAAACUUUACAAAAGUUGUGGGUAAGCUAUAUUUUUAACAUUUACGUAACAUCUGUGCAGCGCUGAAAGCACCAGACAGAAUAAUUCUGUGCCCUAACAGUAGUUUAUGAAAGUAGUCAGACAAACGAGAGGCACCUGGCUGCCGCUGGGAGAACGCUCCGUAUGCCGCCCAUCGAAGCAUGCGAGGACUCCAGUUCUUUUUACAGAUGGCGUUCUUUAUUUGUGCCGUUAUUGACUAGCAAAGCUAGCACCAUGCUGCACCAUAAACCACCGUAGAACUACAAACCGACAGAAUAAACAAUAUGUUUACAUAAAUAUAACACAUAAACCACAAAUAAGGGUUACAAAGUCUACUAACCACUUUGCCUGCUUGUAGCUCCGAAUGGGAGGGGAGAAAACACGUUUUGCUUGCUGUUAGUCUCUUAUACUAAUCUGAACGUAUUCAGCAUAUAUCAGCUUCCUUUCAUAUGUUAGAAAAAAAAAACGAGUGCACACGUUAAGCUAACCGGAAGUUGUUGAGAAAGGCAAGUGUGCCUUUUAAAAUAAGAGCACGAGCUCCGGUUUCAUCAAAAAUAAAAAGCAGCAUUUUACAAUGAUGUUUUCACAGCAUUCACACUCCGUGUUCUCACUACUCUGUAAACAAUCACAAACAACGUGUCUUAAAGUUGAAAACAGAAGUUUAAGUUAAAACAGAAACACUUUAAUAAUGCGAUUAAUUUAGAUUAAUUAAUUACAAAGCCUCUAAUUAAUUAAAUUUUUUAAUCGAGUCACGGCCCUAGUGCUCCUCUCACCUCAUCGUCCGAUCUGAUGGUUCUGAGUUUCAUCCUGAGCUGAAAACGCAGCAGGUUGUUGGUGCCAAUGGCCUGAAGCUCCAACAGUUUGCACAGAGCCACCAGCUGGGGGCGCUCCAGGUGCUCUAGCGUCAGCUCAUCUUCAAACAGCUUGGAAAACCGAACAAUGUCCUUGGUGGUGGGCUGCUCUCCGGUGCCCCGGACCUGAAAACACAAACACCUUGAAGCUGUAGGACCAUUCUUCCAUUAUUUUAGUUCCAGUCCUAAAUGUUUCUGUCUUAACAGGUAAGAGAUGAUCCUUUGUUCACCUGUUGAACGUAUGUAGAGAAGCGCUGGGUCUCAUCCUCGGUCUGAGCCUUUGCUUUAUUCCUUCGAGCCAUCUCAGCGAUGGUUUCCUGGAGAAACUUGGCCAGUUCCAGCUUAGCAGCCAGACCUUUCCUCUGCUUCUCCUCCUGCAUGAAAAAGGGAUAAAAAAAAUGAUUACCUUGACAUUUUUAAGCAAACAACUCUUGGUUGUUUUUCUAGUCAGUUUUUUCAAACAAACUAGAUAAUUUGUUGAUCAUUUCAUAAAACUGCAUUUAUUAAGAAGCUGUUGUCUUUCAUUUAUUGUUUACAUAAUUAUUAUACGUAACAUAUUGUCUGAGUCUGUAUAUAAUCACAUGCCUUCUUAGUCUCCGUCUCAAAGGUAGAAGGCAGCAUUUCUGGAAAAAGUUUGAGAAAGACAGGAAGAAGGAACUCCAUGAAGGGAACGAUGACAAACACCAUGAAGGGCACCAGGCGGAAGAGGUCAGCGCAGGUCCUCAUUAGCUGUGAACAAGAAGAAAACGACACCGAUCAGGCUAACCGUGGCUGUUUUAUUACUGUUCACACAGACCAGGACUCCUGUGAUCCAUUACACAUGCCCCCCCCCCCCACACACACACACACACACACACACACUAAAAUAGCUCCAAUAUCUUUUUUCCACGGCACAUGCACAGCUCCGGUCUGUGAGGUUGCAUGUUUCUUCUGCUAUCAGACGAAAAGCAUCACAGCACGACCUUCUCAAACAUCUAGAAGUGCUCAGCUGCGUUUGACACUUUAACGUCCUUGUUUGGCAGCUUCUACAACCACACGGUUACGGCCUCAGCGGUCGGUUCGAGUAAAUGUACCGACUUGUUGAAGAGCUUUUUUAAAACUGAAAGUUCAUAAAGAAGAAUCUGAACUUCUGAUAUGAUUUGGUUAAGAGGGACCUGGUGAAAGAAGCCAUGGGAUCUGCUGACUCCAUCUCUUCCGAGUUUAGAUGGAUCAUGGAGUAAAACAGUUCAGGACUUUCUUUAUAAAAUGUUGAACUACUUGUUCAUAUCUGACUUAACUCAAGAAUCUGGCUAGAUUUGAUAGUCAUUCUAAGUUUUUUUGAGGCUAAAACUAUUUAUAGAUUAUGACAAUCUUUAUUUUUAACACAUUUUGCUUUAAAGAUGGCUAUAAAUAGCUCCUAAUGUGUGUCAGAAAAGGAUCAAAGACUAUUUAUGAGGUUUUAUUAUUAGCUGAUAAACUUAGAAGUGACUUAAUCUGGUGAUUCAUUCUUCUGGAUUCUUCCUCUUGGCUAAGCUUUGAUGCUUGGUGUAUUUUUUUUGACAGAUGCUACUAGGCCUGGGACGAUAAUCAAUAAAUCAAUUAAUCGUACGAUAAAUGAAAAUGAACUCAGUUUUUCCAGCUUCAUUAUAUCGAGGUUAAGAAAUGUACAACUCUAUUAUUAUUAUUGUCAUUAUUGAAAUGCAGUUUUGGUUGUUGACACUAGGGAUGUAAGAAAAUAUCGAUAUGGCAAUAUAUCGUGAUAUUUUUCCUGCGAUUAUUACAUCGAUAUUCAAAAGCCGUGUAUCUAAUUCUUGAAAGAUUUUACAUGCAAACAUUUGUGUAUUUUCUUUUCGUUUUGUGCAAUUCAAUCGCCACCCACUAGUUGGCAGCAGCGUGCAACGGGUUUUGUUUCCACCAUUGAAAUGUAAAUCCCUCCAUCAUGGUUCAGAUACCUCAUGUUAAACAUGUUACGUAUCAGUUUGGACUGUUUAUUGAACAUUCUUACAAUAAAUUCAGUAAAAAAAUUGCUUGUAACGUCUGACUGAAUGUAUCGCAAUAUAUCGCGAUAUAUCGUAUUGUCUCCCCUGUAUCGUGAUAUGUAUCGUAUCGCCAGAAUUUCAAAAAUACACAUCCCUGGUUGACACCGGAUAGACCAUUGUGUUUAUUGUUUUACAAAAACUAGGUCUAUUUUAUUUUUGGUGCAAAAUUUUCUAACAGAGUGAGUCCUAUUUUAUUUUACUGUAUGUUUGUUGUAUUUAUUUAUUUAGAAGUUCUGGUUCAUGACAUUUAAUUGUUAAAUAAAGGUUUAAUAGUUGCAUUUUAAAGGGUGUUCUUGCAUUAUUAUGAUACAUUAACAUUAAAUAUAUGUACUACAUGCAUAUUUUGGUCUCGAUAAUGUAGACGAUAUUGUUUGUCAAUAAUUUGUUGGACAAUACAUCGUCCAGCAAAAUUUGUUUUGGUCCCAGGCCUAGAUGCUACAAACAUUUCAGAUAUUUUUAGGUCCUGUUCGAAUGUUGCACAGAUUACAGGUUCUGUGAGCAGAUGUUUUAUUUCUUUAGAAUCUGAUUUUAUGUGUUUUAAUGGUGCCCAUCUUAUUCAUAAUCAACAGGAAGGGGAUCAUUUUAAGAAUAAACUUGGAUUAACACUUCUCAAUCCCUUACCCUUCUCCUCUCCCUGCGUGUGAGCAAUUGUCCGUGCAGCAGUCUCCACACCAUCCUGCCAGCAAUCUUGGUGUCGAUCCCAAGUAACCUGAAGCCAUUAUAGUAAUGUUUCAACUCAUCCACAAUUCUCUGAUACAGAGAUAUUUUCACAAUGGCCUUCUCCUGAACUGGAGGGACGACAGCAGCCGACGCCGGAGUGGGAGCUGAUUGAAGUGGAGGCUGAGAUCCUGACGCCACAGAGUCCUUUUUAGUCCCGGUAGAAGCAUCCUCAGCCGCAGGUGGAGAGGUCUUGUUGUCCUCCUGCUUUAUAUCCUGAAGCCAAACACCUGAGCCGUGCAGAGAGCGGGCGAGCAGAGCGGAGCUAUGGUCAACACUGAAGACGUGGGCUUGGAGACCGUGGCUGUAGCGGGACAGCCUAGGAGGGAUCGGAGACGAGAGGUGACGGGGAGGGUCUACGUGGAGGUAAGCUUUAGAGGAUAGAGAGCUGUGCUUCUUAGACAACAAAUAUGAGCCCCUGUGAACAAAACAAAACAAAAAAACAUUAAAUAUGACAUAUUUGUGCCUACAGUCUAUCAGUCUCCUGUCUGUCUGUGUGUUAACUAUCUUUGUACGUAUCUAUUGUACGACUUGUCCCUCUGAUUUCUCUACCACUUUAAUGAUUAACUCGCUGAGGAGUGAUGCCAACACUUUGUGCACUCAUCAGUAAAACAAAAACCAUAUGUCGCAGACGGGGUCAGAUAAACUCAGGCAGAAAAGUGCGUCAGGUCAAGGAUGGAAAGAAAAUCUUACAAGUAAAGCAACAUGACCCAGAAGUUCUCUAGUCAUGUGUCAGGGACUAAAGACUUACAGACUGUCAGUUUUACCCUGCUGCUUCACACUGAGGUAGAAUUCUCUCUAACCCUGUGAAGGCAACUAGUAGGAGCAAGUGAAAGUAACAUGUAGGUCACGCUUUACUGGGGAGGGCAAAAGUAUUUGUGUCAAAUAGCAUGAUGAGUAGUAAAAAUAAGUGAAUAGGCAAAUAAACCAACUGUUUACUUCCUCAAAAGUAAAUAUUCAGAAAGGAAUUGUCAUACUGUGGCUCAGGCAGUCCUAUUACAUAUUUCUCUUAAAUAGUUUGGUGAAUCAUCCGAUCACAAGCCUCUACGCCUAUUUCUAGGAAACCUUGAGAGCAAUCCUUUGUUUGGUGUGUUAUUGUGUCUAUAUUGACUUCUAAGAAUUAGCUGUCUUUUCCCCACUUCACACAAUUCCAGAAAUUAAACAAAAACCACUAAACCCUAAGGAGAAGUCUUUCAGCCCCCUGGAAGGCAUCGUGCCAAGAAAAGUUUAUGGAAAUGAUGCAAAUCAAGACUAUAAAAGAGGGGGAGGUCUAUUCAUGCUUUAUGAUUAAGUCAUGAGGUCGACACACUUUCAUUUCAACAGUCUGCAGCUUCCUCUUGGCACACUGCAGACACUACUCAACUGUUUGUAACUGUUUACCUUAGUGAUGAGAUAUAAACUGAAGCUGCACUGACAUUUUGUUCCCAGAUUACAAACCCCAUGUUCAGCUGUAACGACCUGCUUACCUUGAUCUUGUGACUGCAAAGAGCACCUGGUGACUGAAGACCGCCAUCGCAGAGUCGGGUCACGGUGUUCUGUCAAAUGGUUCACAUGGAGACGGAGAGCAUGCAGGGGUCAGGUUACGGUUUACACGUCUGAUACAGCAGGAAUACACCAGCAUUCAUCACAUAGCCAGACAAGCACUAAAAUGAAUUAGUCUGAGGUAACAAGUUAGCUACCUAUGUACGAACGCCAUUUUACACAUUGUUGUUUACACUGUCAUUUUUGGACAUAUAUGCCAUGCUACAAUAUCUCGUGUUAAAAUAAAUUUAUAAUAUACAUUCAAUGUUUUCUGUUUCUUUUUGCGCAUAAAUAACAGUCCUGGUGCUAACUCUCCGCAGGAGUACUUUGGUAACUUUCCAUUAAAACGUGCAAGUCACCCAAAAAAAAAAAAACAA